AUGUUAAUAACUGAUCUUGGAUCUUCUGCCUUCUAUGAAGAUAUAUUUGGUUGGGAUAAUUUUUAUAAAAGGAAAAACGAUCACCUUGGUCGUUUUUUUCGCACACGUUGUGUGCGGCAAUUGAAAGAUCGACACAAAACGUGUUCUCGUCCGUGCUUUUUUCCAUGGGUUGUAAUUGUACAAAUAUCUUGCCGUAUUUAUCCAGCAAAAUCAAAGGAUCAUCAAAAGGCACUGACGCAAGGAACAACAACAGUAAUACCAACACACAUUAUGCUUGAUCUCAAUGGUGAUUUGUCACACAUCACGGAAGAUGAAUUAAUUGAAAUAUUAAAAUCAAAAUUUAAUCGAGAAGAACCAACAUUAACAUUGCCAGAUAAUGAAGCCCUUAUAUUUGCAAUUAGUACAACGCAAAAAGAAAUGAACGAAUUCAACUCAACCGAAGAAAAAAUGCAACAACAACAACACCUAUAA